GUUAGACAAUCGGGUAAAGUUUUGUGUGAACCGUUGAAAGUUAUAAAUAGUAAUGGAGUGAGCCUAAACCCCGGUGCAAACUAGUGCGGGAAAAUGUGUGCCGACCAUCUUUUCUACGUUAGUCGAGCGGAUAUUUUUUCGGUUUACCCCAGGCUUCUGCGAGAGAUUUUGGUCCUCGAGGAGGUUCUUCGGAACCGAAAAGUUGGGGCAUUUGGAUGUACGAUACCGGGGGAAAAAGUUAAACUCCAGCUGCCCAGUGAGUUCGAAUGGCAGUUAAAGCAAUAUUUCCGUUUGCUGGAGCAGCAGAAAAAGAUUAACAAGGCGGCCGAAACCGGAGUAACACACAAAACGUCCUUGGACCUCAAGGAAACCAUCGCCUGGGAAUCGAAGGCGAAAUCGGUGGACGAAAUGUCACCGUUCGCAUCGCCCGCACCGGGAGCCGAUUUGGCGGCCAUCCGACGCAAACGCCGGCGCUGCUACCUGGACGAUCCGAUCGAUUUCUGCAACAUCGACGAGUACAACCAGUGGCGCCUGGAGGACAUUGCCCGGGCUGGAAAGCUGCUCCGGAGGCCACCCCUCGGCGUUACCUUCAACGAUGAGCUGGAAAUGCGGAAAGUCUUCUCCAUGAUAUACGACGUUUUCCGGUUCAAACUUGUUUUACAACAGGCUUUAAAAAACAUUCAUUUCUACGAAAAUCAUCCUCAGCUUAACGGCGAAACUACACGAGUGUGGCUGCUCCUGUACGACAUGUAUCUCAGAAAGUUCCUCAAACGGGAGCCGGAACAGAUCAUCCUUCAGCAGGUUCUUUUUCAAGAUGCGGAACUGUUCGAAAUUGACCAAUGCUUGGAAGUGGACAGUGUAAAAAUCGCUGCUGCAUUGACGCGCAUCAGAAUUCAAAACAGUGCCUAUGAUUUGACCACCCUGCUUCCGGCCCACCUUCAAGACGAUAAAGUAGCGGUAGUAGUUUCGAACCCGAUAGUUACCGGAUGGAUUAAUUUGUUCCGCAUUAAAACAAAACCCCAAGCCGAUCAGCGUCUGCGAUCGCUAGGGUAUGAGUUGAUUGAGCAGCCCAUCAUCUCCAACACCAGUUUGAUGAAUCUGUUUAAUCCGAAGGAACGAAUGUACAUUCCACUGGCCAUGGGCAAAUACAAAUGGGACAAGCUUUGCCCGCAGAUCAUCUACAUCUAUCCGGAAGACAGGAGAAAAUUUGUGCGCUCGGAGUUAAUAGAUCGACACGACAUGAUCAUCCAGGAUCGAUCGUUUCUUAUUGGGCCCUCGAUCUUCGUAAACUUGCUGGAAUCAUACGAACUGUACGGGGAUGUGAUUCAAACGCACAUUUCAUCUCCUCGAUCGACGGCUUACCUGGCCUCGAUGUUGUCCAACAGUAGAAGGUGUCGCAACUUCAUCGCCUUUGGAUGCGGAAGCAAACUGGAAGAAUAUCGCGAAUACAUGAUGGAGUUGGGAGCCAACAACGUAAAGCUGUAUGCCGAGAACUUCGUGGAUAUUCCGCACGGUGCAGGAAUGAUCGAGCGGGCAGUUGGGAUAUUUGCAAAUCCCCCGAACUCCUAUUCAGCCGUUAGUGAUCCUAUAGAUCUUAUUUGCAGUCGGGGUGGAGAUUUAUCAAUGCUUGAAAUUUUAUCUGAAUCCGAAGAAACGGACGCUAGUCGGCAAAGAAUCUGUAAUGUCUUGACAGAACAGCGAGAAACGUUGAAGCACUGUAUGUCCCGACCACAGAUACAGAUUAUUCUCUACCAAACGCACUCAAUUGUAGAAAGCGAAAACGAAGUCAUGGUCCAGAAAGUGAUUGAAUAUACGAACCAAAGAGCCUACGAUAUGCAUUUUCAGGUUCACAAAGAGCGAGAGCUAGCUGCUCAAGCGGAGGCUGCCGGUGCGCAAAUCGUAAACAGACUCAUGAUGGGGAGACAAGACACGACCAAAGCCGAAGUUGCUCCAAGUGAGCAGGAUUCUGAAGUCGACGGCGAAUCAAGAAAACCCUCCGAAGAUGAGAUAGAGAUACCGCCGAGUGAUCAAUUCGAAAUGGCCGAACUCCCUGACUUCUGUCAAAAUAAAGAUAACUGUCUGGAUUUCGUAGAAAACGGUGUCUAUUUGGCUUUGAUCAAACGAAAAGAGGUCAUAAGGCUGGACUCUAAAUAUCUCAUCAAAAUAGCCGAAGUUCGAGGUAUUUUCGGAGACGGAAAUGAAAAAGAAGUACGAACCAAUGUCAAGAUAACUAAACGACAGGAAAAGAAAUCGGAAGAGCAAGAACCGCAGGAGUUCGAGAGUCGCAAGCGUCGUCUUAAACGUCGCGGAAGUAACAUGGACUCGCUAAUCAGCAGACUCAACACACCGACGCAAGCAUCGCUCAAAAGAGGCCACCACCAUCGAAUGUCUUCGGUUGAGCACAAGUUUAUGUUUUUCGACCCGUAUCAGGAAUGGUGCCCCCGAUACGCCGGCGUUAGGAGUGAGAACACCUUCUCCAUCCUGAGCGACGACAAACUAACAAUUCCAUCGGAAGCAGCUUCCAGGGCACGUCUUUGGUGGCGGCAUGCAAUUCAGUACAUCCGCGAGCGAAUUCGAGCCCAAAAGCUUGGAGAAGAAUUCACCCAGCCCUUCGUACUGCAGCGAAACUUUGAACUACCUUCUUGCGUUUGCAACAAAGAGGACGGAAUCAGCAAACGAUUCAGAAGCAGUAACUACAGUAAGCGGGUGCCCUAUCCCCUUCCGGUACGAAUAUUGGAGUUCCGCCAAUACAAUUCGGAGAAUAGUUUGCUGUAUCGCAAGGACCCGGAUGGAAAUCGCGCUCCCCAAGGCUCUCUCGUGAAAUCGUGUCGCCUAAGCCGUCAGAAUGCGGUCACCAGCGGUUAUGGACAUAGAAUGCGGGUUCGAUCAUCGCAUUCCUGCUAAAAGUAGUUCACCGUUCAUUUGAUAUUUUAUGAGUUAGACAGCAAGGAAGUAUUUAUACGAAAAAAGCAUGCAUGAUCCUAAGUAAC